UAAGGAAGGUGCUUGUAUAUAAGAAAGGAAUGAACUCCCUCUGAGGAAACUAAACCACUUCGAUAACUGAAUAUCUUCUCCAUUUUUGCACUCUCCGUGUACUUGGUUGUUGAAAGACUCUAACCAGGAGAGCAACCCAAUGGCGACGCAACCAAGUGAGAUACAAGGAAAGUCGAAUGGUGCUGAACAACCAGAAGGAAUGUCAGAAAGGGUAGUGGAUGGACACUAUUACCGACCGUUGUUGCAAGCUGCAUUCAGGGGUGACUGGGAAUCUGCUGAAAGAUUUUUUGAAGGAGAUUCUGCUUCGAAGACGGCCAAAAUAACAAGCAGAUCAGAAACAGUGCUUCACAUAGCUGCUCUGAGCGCACAGGACCAAUUUUUUGAGAACCUGGUUGAGCUCUUGUCUCCAUAUCCGGAAGCUCUUGAAAUUGCGGAUUGUCAUGGCUGCACAGCCCUCCACAAUGCUGUCCUGUGUGGAAGGAUAAGGAUGGUCAAGGCAUUAGUUAGGUGUAAUCCUAAGUUGACCCAACUUGCAGAUAAGAAAGGACGUGUUCCUUUGGCAAUGUCUGCUGUGGAAGCUUCUCUGCAUAAGGAGAUUGCCUGGUUCCUGGCGAAAAAUACGACAGACGGUGGGCCAAGUCAUCCCUUCACUGGUCCCGAUGCAAUUGAGACCCUUAUAGAUCUCACCUUCGCUGGUCAUCAUGAUAUCACCCUUUAUCUAGUCAGGCAGUACCCUCACUUAAUGACCAUGAAAAGUAAAAAGGAUGAAGAAAAAUCCAUACUGUUCGUGUUGGCGUUGUCGGAAUCUCACUUUCCCAGCGGAACCAGGCUCAGUCUUUUGGAAACAAUGAUAUACAAAUGUAUUCCGGUGGACUUGAACUACAAACCAACAAAUGAAAAUUCGGAUCCGGUGUUUCAAUGUCUUUCAAGGUCACUUUGGGAUGCCGCCAAAGUCGUAGUUCCUAUAAUUAAGAGAGUUCAUGAGGUGAAGCUGAAACACGUGACGGCAAUCGAAUUGGCAAAACAAGUUUGCAUUGCGAUCUCUCAUAUGAGUACAAAUGAGAUCAACAAUUUCUUUCAAGACGGGCAACUGCUGCUUCAAGCUACUGUAAAGGGAAUCAGUGAAAUAGUGAAGCUCUGUAUACAGUUUUUUCCAAAGCUUAUUUUGAUUUCGCCUGAGGGUGAGAGGUUGAUGACACGUACAGUGCAAUAUCGCCAAGAAAGGACUCUCAAACUCUUUUUGAGGGCAACCUCAACCAAUGAGUUGUCAUUAGUUCCAGGGCCUACACGGGAUGAAUCGUUGAGUUUAAUGCUCAUGGCAACAGAGUACAAAGCCGCACAAUACAAUUCUAGUUUCGAUGCUGUAACUGAUGUGGCUGGAGCAGCUUUUCAAAUGCAGAGAGAACUCCAAUGGUAUAAGGCUGUGGAAAGCUGGGUUGUCCCUGACGUGAGAACCGGCCACAGCGAGGGGAAAACAUUUUGGAAUAUGUUCGUGGAGAAUCACAAAGAUUUGAUUGAGAGUGGAGAGAAGUGGGUGAAGGACACAUCAAAUUCAUGUAUGCUCGUCGCGACUUUAAUUGCCACAGUAUUGUUCGCUGCUGCAUUCACUGUGCCUGGAGGGAACGAUGAAAAUAACGGAAUCCCCUUAUUGUUAGGACAUGACUCUUUUCUGGUUUUCGCAAUUUCAGAUGCGUUAGGUUUGUUCUCCUCCGUGACAACCAUCUUGCUAUUCCUAGCCAUCUUAACUUCGCGAUAUGAGGCUCAAGAUUUUCUUGAAUCAUUGCCUAAGAAGAUUAUUAGGGGCCUUUGUUUUCUCUUCCUCUCCUUUGCUUUCAUGCUGGUGGCCUCCGCUGCAACUCUCACAAUUGUGCUGGAUAAGAGACUGGAGUGGGUUCUCAUUCCCAUCACUUUGCUGACCUCUUUUCCCGUGUUUUUAUUCCUAAUACUACAGCUUCCCCUGCUAUUCCAAAUGGUUAAAUCCACCUAUGGGCCGAGCAUCUUUCAUGCCGAGGACAUUUGGAAGUGA